CACUUGUCUAAGCAUAGUCCGCACGUGACGUCAUAUCUGCUGCGAUCGGCCCACCCGUUUCUCACGCUGACGGAAAGAAAAGGAAGAUGCCGACACAUCCGUGUAGUUAUGAAUAUCGUGUGGUACUGCCCAUGACCGUGGAUGAGUAUCAAGUGGCACAGUUAUGGUCUGUAGCAGAAGCCAGCAAGAAUGAAACUGGAGGAGGAGAGGGGAUAGAGGUCAUUACAAAUGAAGGAUUUGACUUUGACAAUGAGAAAGAGAAAGCAGAGAAAGGUGGAUAUUACAAAUGUUUAAAAGGUGGAGAAUAUAGAAAAGGUCAAUACACUCACAAGAUUUACCACUUACAAAGUCGAGUACCAGGGUUCAUCAGACUGAUAGCACCCAAAGGAUCAUUAGAAAUUCAUGAAAAGGCUUGGAAUGCAUACCCAUAUUGUGUAACAGAAAUAUCAAAUCCAGAUUACAUGAAAAAUGGUUUCUACAUUAUCAUAGAAACAAUACAUUGUCCAGACAGAGGCACCCAAGAUAAUGCUCAUGAUCUAAAACCAGAAGAUAAGAAGGCUAGAACGGUUGUAACUAUUGACAUUGCCAAUGAUCCUGUAUCCAGAACGGACUACAAGCCAGAAUGGGAUCCUAGCAAGGUAAUGGCUGUCAAGUCUGAGAAUACAGGAGAGGAGAUAGGCAGAGGCCCACUUGGAGGCACUUGGAUGAAAUCUGUGGAACCUGUAAUGUGUGCUUACAAACUUGUAUCCUGUAAGUUCAAAUGGCUGGGAAUUCAGGGUAAAGUUGAGAGAUUUAUACAAACGCAAGAAAAAAGGAUAUUCACAAACUUCCAUCGUCAAGUAUUCUGCUGGAUGGAGAAGUGGUUUGGUCUGACAAUGGAGGACAUCCGUGAGAUUGAAAGGAAAACAAAGGAGGAUCUAGAUAGGCAACGAAUGCAGGGAACUGUUAGAGGUACAACUUCAGACGAUAAGGAUGUGAAAGGAUGAUUCCUUAGUACUUUACUUGGUAAUGGACAUACCUUGUCGAAGAAACCCUCGGACAUCAUCUUCUGUCAAAUACUAUUUUAUCACCUCUGUGUCCAAUGUUAAUCUUUUGUGCUGAAUUUUAACAUAGUGAUACACUUUAAAACUGUGUUUAAUUCCCCUGUCUUACCAGAGGAGGACAAUUUCCAGACUUUUCGCUCUCUGAGUCCUAGAUGUGUACGUAAGACUGUUCUUAUGUGAGCAUAACAGUCUAUAUAUGCAUGAUUCAAGUGUUGUUGAACUUGCAGAUAUACAAGAAAUUAUAAUUGAAAAACCUAAUUAUAACUGGGAGUGUGACUAAAAAUCAUGCACAUUCAAAAUGAUAGAUUUUAUAUGAGAAGUCUUGAUAAAUACUUUGUCUAGGUGUUAGUGUAAUUAGAGGUCACACUUUGUAGAAACUACUCACAUGAUGGAGUGCAUUUAUCAGUAGAUAGAAUACGGAGAACACUAGAUGUCACAGUACACGUACAAAAAAAUACCAUUUAUCAUAGAUUAUCAUGAGUAUUUCAUGUGUGUGUUUCUUGUCAUAAUUCCAUGUAUUUUGAUUCCAUAUGAUCUAGAAAUACCAGACGAUAAAGAUGGAGGAAGUCUUCCUAUCAGCUCUUCCUCACUAUCUCUCUCUUAAUAACUGUCACAUUCAGUUACGUACUAACUAACAUACUGUCAUAAAUUACUACAAUUAUGCAAAUGAUAUAUUUUUAAAAUUUAUUUAAAAUGAACUGUUGAUUAUAUUCUAUGCUUGCAAAAUGCAUUUGAAAUAAUAGAGCUGCUUGAUCAGGUGUUUAAAUGUACCAUAUUUGUGAGUGGGCAGAUUCGUAGAUGUGAAACAGAUUUUAUAAGCCAACCACAUUAAAAAACCUGGUUUAGGUGUUUUGGGCCACCAACUGAUGUGGAGACCCAUCAUUGUGCAAAGGGAAUUAGACUUAGCUGUGGUCAUUUGUGACUUUGGUAUGUUUAUAAUUUGUUAUGGUUAAACUGGUCCAGGAGUAAAAAUGUUUAAUAUACAUUUGAUAGAUAAUGUUGGAAUGAAUAUACAUGUGUUUCUUCAUCAAUUCAGAUUAAACUUUUCAAACUAAAGAGAAAUACUUUAUUUUUGUUAAAGUUAUCGCAAAGCAAAUAAAACAGAUUGCUUGAUUAUUAUCCGCCAUGUGUAAAAACAAAUAUUUUUCAGUAUUACUUAUCUCUGAUCUGUUAUUGUCUGACCAUGGUUGGAUUGAUCUCUGAUCUGUUAUUGUCUGACCAUGGUUGGAUUGAUCUCUGAUCUGUUAUUGUCUGACCAUGGUUGGAUUGAUCUCUGAUCUGUUAUUGUCUGACCAUGGUUGGAUUGAUCUCUGAUCUGUUAUUGUCUGACCAUGGCUGGAGUUAGAGGAUUGGUGAAGCUGCCAACCUUGUGUUUGGUAUUCGAAGUUGUCGGAAAAUAAAAUUAAAACAGUUUUAUCUCAUUGGGUUAAAAAUGAAGUACAAGAAUUAUUGAUUACAUGAUGCGGUAGGAUGGACACUUGUUUGAAUACACCUGUCAAGGUUGUUGUGUGGUUUGAUCAAGCCAGGAAUUAGUGUUAUCCAUUUGUGACAGCAAAUCGAGUGAUGUUUGCCUUCAGUACCUUGGAUGUAGUGAACCAUUCAGGUAUGACCAAUAUCCAGUGUACUUAGAAUGUUGCAUAAUAAAUUAACUACUAAUAGAUCACUCAA